GAGGAGCUGGAGGAGAAGGGGGAGCAGGGAGAAGGGAGGGAGAGGUGCUGGAGGAGAACAGAGAGGAAAACAGCACACCUGACAUGACUGUUACUUGGGCUGUGCAGAAAGACUUCUUAAGCAGUUAUCAAAAUCUUAAUGGUUCACACAAGCCUGAGACUCAAAGAUUCGAAGGGCAGGGAAUUAGGCCGGAAGUGGGGUUAUGGGAUUACAAAAAGGAUGAGGAAUUCGCUUCUUAUGGGAGACUGAGCUCAGAGAAUGACGCCAGCCGUGAGGACCCAAGCGAGGAGAAGCAGGAAGCAGCCCAGGGGAGGACUGGAGCAGGAUCGAGACUGGAGAGGGAGGUGAAACGUGACUCGUGCCAUUACCAGACCAGUGGUGAUACUGAGAUUCCAGACAGUUCAGAUUCCAGGCUACUAGGGCGUGGGUUUGAACUGGGGUUCAGCCCUUGGGGCGUACUGGUCCUGGGGUUGUCUGUUACUGGGAGGACUGGGAGUCGGAUAUCUUCACCUAGAGCGGUGGAAAGCACUGAUACCGAGAUUAGAUGUCUCAUAGUUUCUCAACACACAGUGGAACUCAGAGGGUUGAAAUCAGAGAUCCGGAGGUGAUCCGGAGCGCAGAUUCAGAGACAUUCGAUCCCUGCCUUCCAAAUGAAGAACGACCCUUAGGCUGCAGCUCAGGUCAGAGUGGAUUAGAAAGGAGAGGGGAGCUGAACACUGCUGGGUUUUCGACGGCACACAAUCGACUCCAGCCUCUCAAGACUGUCUUAAAAAUCGAGCCGGUCAAAGGUUUAAUCAGACACAGAGUGGACUUCCCAAAUGCCUCAAUGGUCUAUAAAGACAUGUCCAUUCUUGAACCCGGUGGGACACCUGGGGACACCACGGAUCCAUUCGCCAUACUUCCAGACAAAAUUCUGGAGGAUUCUCAUGGCGUUCCGGUGGUUCUUUUCCCAAUUUUGGGAAUGUCAUUGGCCGGCAACCAGGGAGUUACAGCGGCUGAAGUGGAAGUAGAUUCUGGGAAUGUGUCACGGUCCAUUUCAAAGCGCAAAGCUUCUGAAUUCAUAGUGGAGGAGCUUUUUACAGACAUCUCAGAUCUCCCAAUCAGAUCUCCUAAAACUGGGAAUGACGCCGCUGGGAAUCCGUCGCACUUCACGGGACACAAAGACAGACUGAAUAUUAUAUCAUUCCCAACCCUGCUGAAACAGCUCCAUAGAAUCCCUCCUGAUUUAGGAGAAAAUCCUAUCAAUAAUAAUUAUAAUAAUAAUAAUACUCAUUCAUUGUCUGCUUCUUCCUCUGCUAGUUACAAUUCUGAGUGCUACAUAGAAGGGGACAUAAUGGAACACAAUGGCUUUACUCUGAAAUCUUACCCAGUUUUGAUCAAGCUGAUCCAGACACCAGCUGACCCAACUUCCCUGGAAAAAGCCAGCCCUGGAGUGGAAUCCCAAGAGGAGCAGUCCAGCCACGGGUCGUCAAACAUAGGCUCCUGCCAGAACCAUGUUUCCCAAAACCCUUGGCUCGUCCCGGACGAACCCACUGGCUGUUCCAUGCAGGAGAAGCUCUCCGGCUUCCAAAACAGAGAUUCCGAGAAUCGGCUUGGAUUCCCGACCUUGAUCGAGGUGGACGGGCAGGAAUACCUGGCCAGGUUCGGGGAUCUGCAUGCUGGAUCUGCGAGAGUUGGAACUGGGAAUGAGCUAGUAAUGGAUGAUCCUGAGCAAACCCAGGAGGAGAAGGAGGAGGAAUCAGUCCUAGAUCCUGAACGCCAUGGCAUAUCAGAUUUCCAGAUGCAAUCCCAGCACCCUUUUGUUGAUCCUUUGGGAUUACCAGAGGAAGGGAAGACAAGGAGCCAGGCGGGAUCGGUUUGGGAAACCCACUCCGCAGCCUGGGGACUGCUGGACGAGGGCAUCUUGAAAAAGGAAGCAGCUUCCAAGCAGCGUCCCUUAACUCCGCACUCCUUCUCGCAAACGACGCUCCCCUCUCCCUCUCCAGCCCUCACAGCCCCGGAGCGCCCGUACCUCUGCUUCGCGUGUGAGAAGCGUUUCCGCAGAGCCACAGAUCUGAAGGAGCACCUGCGCGUGCACACGGGCGAGCGGCCCUUUUCCUGCCCUGUGUGCUGCAAGGCGUUCACGCAGGCCUCGGCCCUCGCCACGCACCGCCGCAUCCACACCGGCGAGAAGCCCUUCCAGUGCCGCGUCUGCCUCAAGAGGUUCAACAGCUCCUCGAACUUCGCCAAGCACCGGCGCACGCACAGCACUGCGCGGGGGGGCAGCCCCCGCUACCCCUGCCCCUUCUGCAGGAGGACUUUCAGAGAGGCGAGCAGCCAAACCCGGCACCUGAGCAGGGUGCACGGGGGAGGGGGAGGAGGAGGGGAGGACUACACUGUGAUGGACUGAGAGGGGAGAGGAGAGAGAGAAAGGAGGGGACACCUUUCAGAACUUCAGUCAAUCAUAAAAUCGAAACUAGAAGAAAUUAAGAAAGUCAAGUAUGCAGACAAAAGUUUCGGCUAAUGAUUUGUAAGAGCACAAGAUGGAAAAUACAUAGAAACAGAUCCUGCUAAUAUCUCCCACGCACUACCCUGAUGUUUGUCUGCUUGAUUUUUUUAGAUUUUUUCUGGUUUAAUUAUUAUUAUUAUUUAUUUCUUAGCAGAAACCCUUAUCCAGGUCAGCUUACAAUUGUUACAAGAUAACACAUUAUUUUUACAUACAAUUACCCAUUCAAACUGUUGGGUUUUUAUUGGUGUAAUCUAGAUAAAGUACCUUGCUCAAGGGUACAGCAGCAGCGUCUCCCACCUGGGAUUGAACCCAGGACCCUCCGGUCAAGAGUCCAAAGCCUUAACCCACUACACUACACUGCUGAUUGAGUGAAGUUCUGGAUGAUGAAGGCAUUAAAAUGUAUGUCUGCUGCUUGACUAUCUUAGUUUCUAGUUUUGUGCAGAGUUUCUGAUUCAGUGUUUGGAUGAAGUGUCUAUAAUAUUAGAAGAUCCUCUCAAACAUCCAGCAUUCAAGAAUGUUAGUGUAAAGUUGUGAAGUUCAGUGUUACCAAGUCGUGCGUUAUCAUUUUACUGUAUCAUUUUAUUGGUCAUUCCUAUAUUUUCUUUGUCGAAUGUGCCAUUAAAGGUAAGAGUGGGUAUGCUUAGUUCCAGUGCUGAGUGAUUCCCUUUGAGAUGACUUUUUGUCAGCAGGUAUUUAAUGAAGUCAAGCAAGCCUAUCAAGGGAGUCCCAAUCAAUGGCAGUUAAGUCCAGCGUUGAUUUUAUAAGCCGUUUGGAAGUGAAUUUUCCUCUGAGGGACCAGGGCUCAGUACUGACACACGCAGAUUAAAAAUAAAUAACAUUUUAAAACUACACACUUUUUUUUUUUAAGAAUGCUUCUUAUUUGAAUACAGUGCUUUUAUCAUCAUCACUCUCUUCUCAUUAAAUUAACACAAGCCUCUGACUGCUGCACCUUCCCUUUCAACGCGAGGCCCAGUUUAACAGUCUGUUGUAACCCUACUGUGUGUGGGGCUUGUUUACUCUCAUUUAGUAUAGUAACCCGUAUGAACAAUAUUAUUCUGGAAGCAUUCUUGCGAUUGUCGAUUGUUUAUGUGAUUAAAGUAAGGAGUGCUGUCUGGCUCCUUUUCAAACCAGGACUUUAUUAAAGGGGGUGUUCAGUUUGUUUGUAAAUGAUAAAAUAGAUGGCAGUGUAAUCUCGGGUUUAUUUUUGAUCGGUAUAUGUCAAAUGAGCCGUUUAAAGUCUGCGGUCUAUCAAACUAAUCCGCCAUUGCUGGAAAUGCCUCCUGUGAUGUCACUGGUUGGAGUGUGUGAUGUCAGUGAUUUCUGUCAUGCAAAUUGUUUGGAAAAUGUCACAUUUUAACAUGAGAUUCAGAGCUUUGUAAUGGUGACUUAAUGAUGAUUUUGUACAAUAUCAUAACAAAGUAAUUUCUAUAUGAUUUACAUGUAGCUUUUACAUGAGUUGUCCAGUUUCUAAAUCUCCAUAGUACUUAGUAGUAAAGUGAAUGCACUUGGCGUCAGUGACCUGGGGCCGGUUGUACUAACGGGAUCAGAAAACAGGAUUGGAUCCCGGCUCAUUUUUAGCCGGAUCAUGAAAAGGUGUUUGUGUACAAAGCAGAUUUUUGGAUCAGAUCUUUGAACAGCACUUGCGGUGACUGGGGAGGAUGAGUAUGCAUGCAUAUGUGCAGUGCUUUAGGCUUCCACAUACACAGUGACAAUAAAGAUUCAAAGGUGGACAAGCGGCAGCUUUAGCGGUGUCGUUUUGUGAGAAAGAAACUAUACCCAUGGGGAAAAAAUGAUAAUAAUGAAUAAUAAAACAUUAAUAAUAUGUUAACAACUUAUCGUUUAAUUUAAAACAUUAAAGCUGUUUGGGGGGGAUUGUUGUUGUUAUUAUUAUUAUUAUUAUUAUUAUUAUAGUAAACCCAUAAAUACAAACACAGGCUCCCUGCUGGUGAUAGGUCGUAUAACAGAGUCAGCUUGGAUGUCUGUAAAGCAGCAGUCCAGUAUUCAGGACCUCUCUAUCCAGGCACAUCAUUUUAAAACUGGCAUUUUGCGUGAUGCAGGAUGAAACUUGGCCUGACCAUUUCUCAGGAAUUCUGUGCUGUAUGCGAGGAAUCCCAAAACAACAAACGCAUUCCUCACGGGUCGGCUUUGCUGUGCAGUUAAAGCAGCUGCACCAGAAAUGGUGUGCUGUUCAGUCAGGAUCCGGAUCUCUCUCGCUGUCUGGAUCAGAUUCCCAGGAAUCUCAAUCCUUUUUAAAUUUAACGCACAGUGUCCCACAGUUUCCCUUCCGCUUUAAAGUUUUGGGAAAAAUGUUGGGAUCGUCGACGGGAAAAGGGGACGGUCCUGGUAAAACUGGGAUGCUGGUCACCCUGCCUCGGGUGCUGAUAUUUUUACUGCUGUACCAAGGCUGUAAACUGACCCAAAACACACUGAAAAAUGCAACUGAAUCAUCACAUACGCCUGGCCUUUACUGAGACCUGCUUAAGAGCUGUGCAUUCUGGGAGAUGUGUUGACUGAGUUUAACCCCUUCAUGCAUGGAAUAUUGAAAUAGCUGAAAAAAGUAGCAUUGAACACAUAAUAAAUAUAUUUUUUAUUAAAAAAAAAAGUCUUCUAUAUGGUGAAAAAAUGGCAUCCUCAUAUGCAGCUAUCAUGCAUCCACGUCUUCCAUAUGUCCCUGUAUCAAGGUCGCCAUGCAUAAGAACAUAAGAAAGUUUACAAACGAGAGGAGGCCAUUCAGCCCAUCUUGCAUGAAAGGGUUAAUCCGAGUUCAGCCCAGGGCUGCAAUCCCACAAUCCACUGCUGAGGCGACACAUUUCUAAAGAAACAAAUCAAAAUGAUUUAAUAUCAAACGGAUUAAAGAAAGUUAAGACUAAUAGGGCUAUUAUAUUUUCACAGCGUUUACUCCAGUCUUUUAUCAACGUUUGUUGAAAAAGGUAAGAAGCCUGUACAUUUUUAAAAACCAGAAUCAAACAACUAAGUCCUAUAUUCCGAGUCCUCGUAAGCACUCUCAGUGUGGUUUGUUUAACAUUUUGCAAAAUGAACAUGUUUUUUUUUACUACAGGUUAAUUAAAGAAUGGAAGAAGCGCGUAGCAAACAUGACCCCGCAGUCUCUGAAAACAUGAGUGGCUUUGGUUGGUUUGCUCACGACAGCCUCUGUAUUAAGUCACUGUCGUGCUGUUACUGAUUGGGACUCCUGAAGGGGGUCCAGACAAGAGAAGGCAGCAAAAAAUAACAUUAUACAAUCAAUGGCCCAAGCUGGCCCAUAUGAGAGCUCAAUAUAGGGAUUUUAAAAGCAGGCACAUCAUCUGAUCUGAGUGCAGAGGCAGAGUUAAAUGUCUCUAGCCGUGUGCACCUUAUAAAAAAAAAAAAAAACACUUGUGAAGGGGAAUCGUGAUUUUCUGUACAGCUCAUAUCAGCUCAUAUGUUUAAACAAUGCAAAAGCCACUCAUUCCUAAGAUCCUGGUCUCUAAUUGGUCUAGCUGCUGAAGGCUAUACAUUGAAACCCAUGAUUAGCUGAGCUAUUGAAGGUUAUAUCUCGUGAAUCGCUUCUUUUUUCAUUUUUUUUUUGUUUUACCUUUUUAUGACGUUUGCAAUCUAAGCGGUUCUAAUUUGAAUGAAAUAUUUUAUUUUUUUAUACGUCUGUGCUGCUUUGACUUCGAGUCCAGGAGCUGCUCUCCAGUUCCAGUUGUACUGCCAUAGACACUAUAACACAGGCUAGAUCAGCCAAUCUUUACAGAAGUCAGAGCCAGCGAUCUAGUCUAGUGAUCUGACACUUUGGGUUGAGUUUUGUUCAGAGCCACACAGACUUAUGAUGAAGCUCAGUGUUUGCAAUAAAAGGAAGCGAUCAGAAUGAUUGCAGACAUCAUAGGAAGGUAGAGCAAGAAACACCACCAAAAUGAGCUUGAAUGUCAUUACUGUUUAAAAGAAGCUGUUAUGAUGUCGGUGUGAUCCUGCCCUCUUUGAAGGUGUUAUUUAUGACCUUCAAGUGUGCUAACCUGCCUUGUAUUCUGUGUAAUUGUGAAAGGUCCUCUUUGAAUUGUGUUAAUUGCAAAGAUUCUGCCACUUCAAAUGGCAUUUUCUUAUAUAUUUUUUUUACUGCUCCCCGCCCCUUUAAUUUGUAUGUUUGUAAUCAUUGCGAGCGCUUCUUAUGAUUGCAAUCACUCAAAUACUGCUCUUCAGUUCCAGGUGUCUGCUCUGGUGGUGUAAUGUGGCUUUAUAUUACAGACAGUGCCAUCUAGUGCACAGCUAGUGUACUGCCAACAAAACUAAAGUAAAAGUCAGAUCACUAGAUAGCGCUGCUGGCUCUUCUAUACAGACUGGCUGAUCUAGCCUGUGUUACACAUGUCUAUGGCAGUGCGGCUAGAACUGAAGAGCAGCUCCUGAAUUCACAACCAAAGCAACACAGACUCUGAAUAAUUGCAAACAUCAUACAAAGCUAUGGGGGGCAGGAAACCCUUUUACACUAAGUAGUUUUUUAUAGACAUUUUUUUUUUUACAUUUUGUAGAGUUGUUCAUUAAAAUAUACUAAAAGGAUUUUACUCAAUAAUAAUAACAAUAAUAGAAUAAAAUGGUUUACUAACAUUGACUCUCAGUUGUGCUUUAUUUAUUAAUGAUGGCCUUACACCCUAUUGACAGUGCUAUGGCAGGUGAAUCAGUCCCAUGGUGUACACUCUAUUGACAGUGCUGUGGCAGGUGAAUCAGUCCCAUGGUGUGCACUCUAUUGACAGUGCUAUGGCAGGUGAAUCAGUCCCAUGGUGUGCACUCUAUUGACAGUGCUAUGGCAGGUGAAUCA